UAAUCCAUGCAUGCAUUAUUUGUUCCAAAUCUUAGGAAGAAAUACAAAAAUCUGGAUAAUCAUUCUUUCACUUUCAAGCAUGUCCGUCGUCAUAUAUUUAUUUAUUGAUCGUUUCUGUUCUUUAUCGAGACGAUAAUUGGAGGCUAUGUUUUUAAAUAAUUUGUUCGAUUGCGUUUGCAAGUGCAACUGGAAGAACAGGGAAGAAGGUACGUACACCAUGCUUGGUAAUGGAGUUGUUGGAAUCCUCUCGGAGUCAGGGAACAAGUGGGAAAGAAGGGCGCCUCUAACCCCCUCUCAUUGUGCUCGACUUUUGCAUAGCGGGAAGGAUAAAACUGGGGUGGCUCGGAUAAUUGUGCAGCCGUCGACGAAGCGUAUUCACCAUGAUACGAUGUAUGAGGAUGUUGGCUGUGAGAUAUCGGAUGAUUUGUCCGAAUGUGGUCUCAUCGUGGGAAUUAAGCAGCCCAAGCUGGAUAUGAUUCUUCAUGAUAGAGCUUAUGCCUUCUUCUCUCAUACUCACAAGGCUCAGAAAGAAAACAUGCCUUUGUUGGAUAAGGUACUAGCUCAGAGGGUGUCCUUGUAUGACUAUGAACUCAUUGUUGGGGACCACGGUAAAAGGUUACUUGCAUUUGGGAAAUUUGCUGGCAGAGCCGGGUUCAUUGAUUUCUUGGGUGGAUUAGGAAAGCGUUAUCUAAGUCUUGGAUAUUCAACACCGUUCCUCUCAUUGGGUGAAGCUUACAUGUAUUCAUCCUUGGCUGCUGCCAAAGCUGCUGUUAUUUCUGUUGGAGAAGAGAUCGCUACUUUUGGAUUGCCAUCAGGAAUCUGUCCUUUGGUAUUCAUAUUCACCGGAUCUGGAAAUGGAAAUGUUUCUCAUGGCGCACAAGAGAUAUUUAAGCUUCUUCCACACACUUUUGUUGAUCCAAGCAGACUUCCAGAGCUAUUUGCACAAGGCAGGGAUCUCAUUCCACCUGAAAAGGCUUCGAAGAGAGUUUUCCAAGUAUAUGGUUGUGUUGUCACUUGUCAAGACAUGGUUGAACACCUAGAUUCUUCAAAAACAUUUGAUAAAACAGACUAUUAUGCACAUCCAGAGCACUACAAGCCCAUUUUCCAUGAAAAAAUAGCUCCAUAUGCAUCUGUUAUUGUCAAUUGCAUGUACUGGGAAAAAAGAUUUCCUCGGUUGUUGAGUACCCAGCAGCUUCAAGAUCUAACGAGGAGAGGUUGUCCGCUUAUUGGAAUUGCUGACAUAACUUGUGAUAUUGAGGGCUCAUUAGAGUUCAUUAACCAAACCACAUCAAUUGACUCACCAUUCGUGAGAUAUGAUCCGUUAAAUGAUUCGUAUCACCAUGACAUGGAGGGUGAUGGUGUGAUAUUUUCAUCCGUCGACAUUCUUCCUACACAGUUUGCAAAAGAGGCUUCACAACAUUUCGGAGACAUACUAUCCCAAUUUAUUGGCAGUUUGGCUUCAACAACUGACAUUACUAAGCUACCUUCACAUCUAAGGAAAGCUUGCAUAGCCCAUGGAGGAGCACUUGCCGCCUUGUUUGAAUACAUUCCACGCAUGCGAAAGUCUGAUUCAGAAGAUAUAGCAGAAAGUCCUACAAAUUUAAAGUCUAGCAAGAAUACGUUCAGUAUUUUGGUAUCUCUGAGUGGACACUUAUUUGAUCAGUUCCUAAUAAAUGAGGCAUUAGAUAUCAUCGAAGCUGCUGGUGGCUCCUUCCACCUGGUUAAGUGUCAAGUGGGUCAAAGUGUUACUGCUAUGUCAUACUCUGAUCUCGAAGUUGGUGCACAUGAUAGGGCAGUUCUGAAUCAAAUUGUUGAUUCUUUAACUUCUCUUGCCAAUCCAGAUGAAAGUAAUGGAACUAGAAUUUCCUUGAAGGUUGGUAAAGUCCAGCAGAAUGACAUGAAUAAGGGAAAUGAUACAAAAAGGAAGGCCGCUGUUCUAAUUAUUGGUGCAGGCCGCGUUUGUCGACCAGCUGUUGAGCUUUUAACAUCAAAUGAAAACACUUCAUCUCGUGAAUGGUACAAGGCAUGUCUAAAUACUGAUUUUGAAGGGCAGCGUGUAGUCGAAGUUGUCGUGGCUUCUCUUUAUCUUAAGGAUGCAGAAGAGAUUAUAGAUGGAAUUCCUAAUGCAUCGGCAGUUCAGCUUGAUGUGAAGGAUGAUGAAAGUCUUUGCAAGUAUAUUUCACAGGUUGAGGUUGUUGUCAGCUUACUUCCCCCUAGUUGCCACAUAAUUAUAGCUAAUGCAUGCAUCAAGCUUAAAAAGCAUCUUGUCACAGCAAGCUACGUUGAUGAUUCUAUGUCAUUUCUACAUGAAGAGGCAAAAGCCGCUGAUGUUACUAUUCUUGGCGAGAUGGGUUUGGAUCCAGGAAUUGAUCAUAUGAUGGCAAUGAAGAUGAUCAACAAUGUACGUGUUCGGAAAGGGAGAAUAAAGUCCUUCACUUCUUAUUGUGGAGGACUCCCAUCCCCAGCAGCUGCAAAUAACCCAUUAGCGUAUAAAUUCAGCUGGAGUCCUGCAGGAGCCAUCCGAUCUGGGCGCAAUCCGGCCACAUAUAAAAAUCAUGGUGAAAUUGUGCAUGUUGAUGGUGAGAAACUUUAUGAUUCAGCAUUUAGAUAUCGGAUACCGAAUUUUCCAGCUUUUGCAUUAGAAUGUCUUCCAAAUCGCAAUUCUUUAGUUUAUGGAAAACUGUAUGGCAUAGAAGAUGAAGCAUCCACCAUCUUUCGUGGAACGCUCCGCUAUGAAGGGUUUGGCGAAAUAAUGGGGACACUUGCAAGUAUUGGUCUAUUUAAUACUGAAUCUCAUCUAGUUUUAAGACAUGGACAGAGACCCUCAUUCAAAAGAUUCCUUUGUGGACUGCUAAACAUUGUUAGUGAAAUUCCGGAUGGAGUUCCGCUAGGAGAGAAGCACAUUAGUGAGAGAAUUGUUGCACUUGGGCAUUGCAAAGAGCAAGGAACAGCAGUAAGGACGGCCAAAACCAUUAUAUAUUUAGGACUUCAUGAGCAGACAGUAAUUCCUGUCUCCUGCCAAAGUGCAUUUGAUGUUACCUGUUACCGCAUGGAAGAAAGGUUGGCCUAUUCCAGCACAGAACAGGAUAUGGUGCUUUUGCAUCAUGAAAUGGAGGUAGAAUUCCCUGACAGCCAAGCUACAGAGAACCAUAAGGGCACACUACUAGAAUUUGGAAGGACCGGGAAUGGGAAAACAACCACUGCCAUGGCUCUCACUGUUGGUAUUCCAGUGGCCAUUGGAGCUCUGCUCUUGCUAGAGAACAAGAUCAAUACAAGAGGUGUCUUGAGACCUUUUGAACCUGAAGUAUAUGUACCAGCACUGGACAUCUUACAAGCGUAUGGCAUCAAGGUGAUGGAGAAGGUUGAGUGACCCGAGACUGUUCGGUACAUCUCUGGUUUCAUUUCCCUGUACAGAUGCUGACUUAUAAUUGAAAGGUUAAACUGAUCAUGAUAUGCCUAUGAUGUUAUGAAACUGGAUGGUUUAUUUCAAUAAAAAAAUAGUGUAAUUGUUGAGAUUGCAAAACUAGUAGAUUAUGGAUCACAGAAAAAUGAUGUCUCAUUACAAGUUUCCAAAACCAAUCAGACAUGGAGAUGCUUGUGAUGUUGGACAACUCAGUGGUUGUUUUUCAUAUAGAUCCUAGUGAACUUAGAAGAGAUAAAACAUGUGGUUAGGUUAUUGAAACCGAUGUUUUUCUUGAAUCCUGUUAUGCACUCCCUCUGCUGAAAAAGAAAUAUAGAAUGAGAAUUGUAUAGUAUUUAUUGAUUGAUA